UCCCUCCACUCAUUCGUUUCGCGACGCGUCAUCUCGCCGGCCGGCUUCCGCCUCAUUCGCACCGCGUCCGCUUACCGUACCGCUCGAUCCACACACGCAACUAAACAUGACGGAGAGUACGGACACCCCCGCGGCAGCAGCGCCCGAGAAGACCCCGACGGAGAAUGGCACCACUGAAACUCCUCCAGAAGAGACCCCCGAAAAGGCCACCGAGGAGAAAGAAAAGGAGACCCCACCGCCCAAAGAGAUGCGCGCAGUCGUACUUACCGGCUUCGGGGGUCUCAAAACUGUGAAGAUUUUGAAGAAGCCCGAGCCCACAUUAGCCGAAGGAGAGGUCCUCAUUCGCGUCAAAGCAUGUGGCCUCAACUUCCAAGAUCUGAUUGUGCGGCAGGGCGCUAUCGACUCCCCUCCUAAGACGCCCUUCAUCCUCGGCUUUGAAUGCGCUGGAGAGAUUGAGCAAGUUGGCGAAGGAGUCACCAAUUUCAAGGUUGGAGACCAAGUGGUGGCCCUGCCUGAGUACAGAGCCUGGGCGGAAUUGGCAGCUGUCCCCGCUCAGUAUGUGUACGCCUUGCCCGAAGGAAUGUCAGCCCUGGACGCCGUGGCCAUCACUACCAACUACGUGGUGGCUUAUCUUCUGCUCUUCGAAAUGGCGAACUUGACGCCUGGCAAGAGCCUUCUCGUUCACUCGGCUGGUGGUGGUGUGGGCCAAGCGGUAGCUCAGCUGUCGAAGACUGUGGAGAACGUGACAGUGUUCGGCGUGUGCUCUAAGAGCAAGCACGAGGCGCUGAAAGCCAAUAACAACAACAUUGACCACUUGCUCGAGAGGGGAAGCGACUACACCAGUGAAGUCAGGAAGGUUACACCGGAUGGCGUGGACAUAGUCCUCGACUGCCUUUGCGGCGAAGAAUGCAACCGUGGCUACUCUCUCCUCAAGCCAAUGGGACGGUACAUCCUCUAUGGAUCAUCUAACAUCGUGACCGGCGAGACUAAGAGCUUCUUCAGCGCCGCGCGUGCUUGGUGGCAAGUGGACAAGGUGUCGCCCAUCAAACUGUUCGACGAGAACAAGAGCCUGGCGGGGCUCAACUUGCGGCACCUGCUGUUCCAGCACGGCCGCGCUGAUACCGUGCGCCGCGCCGUAGAACGCGUGUUUGCGCUGUGGCGCGACGGCAAGGUCAAGCCCAUCGUGGACUCUACAUGGGCGCUGGAAGACGUGGGUGAGGCCAUGCAAAAGAUGCACGAUCGCAAAAACAUUGGCAAGCUCGUACUGGAUCCAUCUCUGGAGCCAAAACCGAAACCCGCUACACCCGCCAAGGGUAAAGCCGGAAAAGAAAAGAAGCCGGCCAAAGAGAGCUCUGAAGACAAGAAGGACAAAGAGACGAAAGAAGAAGAGAAGAAGAUGGAGAAUGGGGACAAGAAUGGUGAGGAGGUCACUAACGGUAGCGACGAAGAGUCGAAAGAGAAAGAGAAGGAAAAGGAAUCUAGCUGAAUUGUCCCGCCAGAGAACAGGACCAGACAAACCACCGCCAACUGAUUAUUAUUUUAGAGUUGAAGCUGCUCGUUUUGACGGCCGCCUUGUGCUUAUACCGGCGUCUCAUCUGUUGCCUCAUGUUUAUGUUUAAAAUAAUACAAAUAUUAAAAGAUAAGUCCGAGUACGACGCUGUCCGAUCCUGAACACCCUCUAUAAUGUUAUAAUUAAGUUAACAAUCGGUUCGGACAUUCUCGUACCUUCUUUCUUGAUUAAGUUUAGUUAUACAAGUUUUAUCAUCACAUUUUUUUUUUUUUUAAAUCGACAUUCUAACAGCGAACUAGCAAUGAAUUUCAAUGAUAAUAUUCCAUUUUGAUUUUCAACCUGGCCUAAGUUCGUUUGCGAACUUUCGAGUCUUUAUAGUUUAAUGUUUAAGUCUUUAUUUUAGGAUGAGAUAUUUUAGUCUGCAGUUAUUUUGAAUGGCUAUUGUAUAUCUAAGGUGCAGAGAUGCUUAAUCUUUAUGUAUGUUAAGCUUUAAUAUUUUAUUAGUAAAUGUUUAAAAUUUGGCCCUGGAGACCCAGCCCCGCCCUCGAGCCGCGGGACCGUUCAUUCAGUCACUCACUCGCCGCAUCUCGGAAUAAAAAACGAAUGAAACCUUACGUGUGAUAUUUUGUAUUAGGUAUGCUAGAUUUUUUACGGUAUUUUAUGCUGCCUAUACAUGACAUUAUUUUUUUUAGUUGAGCUUAAAAUACGAUUGUGUGUUUAUAUUUUUAUACUCAGAUGUUUUGUAAAUUAUUUUCUAGUUAAGAUGAAGAAAAUAUCAAAAAAUGAUUUAUGAUUGCAUUGGUUCUUUUAAUAGGAUUUAACACGGCAGUCUGCCUAGCUCGAUUGACCGACAUUUCUAAAAACGAGUUCAAGAAUUGCGAUAUAUUUUGUGGCUUUCUUAACCUAUUGUGAAGUUCAAGUUAAUAAACGACAUCUAUAAUAUAAGUUAUAUUUUUGUAAACGACGAUGUCGACGAUCAGAUCUCGUAAUAUGAAGCUUUUUAUGUAUCUUUACACAAAUAUCACAUAUCUAAACAUAAUACACUUACACACAAUGUAUAUUAGAAGUAAUGUUUUGAUAACAAUAUUCACUCCAUUUCUUUUAUAUACCUACCUAGCAUGUAUUAAAGUUAAAAUACCUAUUCCUGAUUUUCGUAAGGUUUACCGCCAUAUACUGUACAGUAUGGUUAUAACUUAUAGGUGUAUGUACCCAGUACUAAAAUACUUUUUAUCUGUAUAACAUAUCAAACGCAUGUAAAAUUGAUAUCUGAAAGGCUGAGGUAGUCCGGAAAUCCCGGAAUAAAAUGAGGCUAUACUAUAUUUUCCAGUCCAUCAUAUUAUACCGACUGCUCAAACAACCCUGCCGCGCGUUCACACAAGCUAUGUUCGACUUAAAGAGCUAUCUGACAGAUUCGUAGAAUUUUGAUAAAGUUUUACCCUUUUCGAACAUUUUUCGCACGAGCAUAAUUUGCGUGAGCGUAUGUUUAGUCUUAUAUUUGUACCACUGAAAGUGUUUAGUCCAGAGCAAAAGCAUUUGACGCCGUUUGCCGUUGUUUGUGAGCACGAAAGCAGACCAGAUUGCAUCCAAACCCCACUUUUUUCUGGGCCAGUCUCCUACAAACGCAAAUUCCUAAUAGUGGACUAGCGUAAAAAAAUCUUGUGAAGAAGAAGUUGCUGCAAGUUUUUCAUCCAGCCCCAUCGGCAUAACGAAGUGUUUUCAACCGGUCUUGUAGAUUUAACUGCCAAAAUUCAGAACAGAAAAUAAGUUACAAGGAGAGGAAAUCUAUUAAUAUCGUAAUUACGAUUGGCGCAGUGGGCAGCGACCCUGCUUCCCGAGUCCCAAGUUUGUGGGUUCGAUUCCCGCUACUGGAAAUUGUUUGUGUGCUGU